AUGUCCUCCGGAUCCUUCUCAGAGACCCGAUCACAACCACCCUCACCACCCUCACCACCUUCACCACCUUCACCGUCUUCACUGUCUUCAGUACCCCUGCCACCCUUACCAUCCAUACCCUCGACACCCAGCACCGGAAGUCCCCAAGUCUUCACAGGCCCAGCCUCCUCUCACGCCUCUUCCCAACCCACUUCAGCCCCCAAUUCCCAUACCUCUUCCGCAGAAAGCUCCACAUUUGACUUGUCGGUAUUCUUUUCACUCGACCCCCGACCAGUGCCCCGUGACCCCACCUCGGGCAUGCCUUCUCCAAGUCCACCCAGCUCGGAGGCAGAGCCUCAGUCGAUUCCUCAGUCCCUGUCCAGCUCUCAAGCCAGCGAAAACUUCGCUGCACCCAGAGGUACUUGGACCAUCUCAACGGAAGAAUGUCCUCGACCAGCCAUGAGCAAUCUCCAGCCAAAUUCGCAAACCAGCUCCGAAGAAAGCUUCAUCUAUUUCACCGGCACCAUUCCCCCGAGUCCUCCCCUUUCAUUCUCCCGGCCGAAUCGAGGCAUUCCUGAGAGUUCGAAUAACUCCCAAGCUGCUUUCCCUGAUACUUCUCACCAUACUUCCCAAGGCAGCUCUAACCCUUACCCCACUCCUAUCCUCCAAGUCAGAAUGCCCGGUUCAUGGAUUUCCUCGCGCAGCAACUCCCCCAUCCCACCAAAGUCUUUGUCCAGCCCUCAGCAAAGUCCCCAGACCCGCACUCAAACCAGCUCCAACCCUUACCCAAGUCCUAUCCUCCACGUAACCAUCAUGCCCGGCUCUUGGGUUUCUUCACCCAGUUCUCCCACUUCUCCAUGUCCCAUUCCCUCCACCCCGAGCUCGCCUGUUCUUGAGGCGGCUACCUCUAGUGAUCCCAUUCCUUCGAAUAGUUCUACCACAUCCACGACUUCCACCACUUCCACCACUUCCACCACUUCCACCACUUCCACCACUUCCACCACUCCCACCAGCAACGACACAGACAGACUCGACAGUAGUACCCCAGACAUCACCAUCACCAUCGCCGGGCUUAACAUUUGCAAUCCCACCGACACUAGCACUAGCACUAACACGGACACAAGCACCAGCCAAGAUACCAGGACCAGCACCAAUUCGAGCAGUGACCCGGACCUGGGAAGUAUACCUCUAGGCAGUGGGAGUAGCGGUAGUAGCAUAAACACCACGGAGGCAACUAACAACCUAUCACCACCUUCCCCACCAACGUGCAGCUCAAGUGGCUCAAAUAACUCCACUGCUCCUCCUUCUCCUGCCAGUACUACGGGUAGCAUUUCGCCGGCUUGUAUUCAACAAUGA